AUGAGAAGAGGUUUUGCUUUUCAGAUAAACACAGCUUCUAUUUAUUUUACAUUUUCUAGAAAUUAGCAAAGUAAGCUGGAUUGAUCCCAUAAUAAGCACUCUAAUAUAUUACAACUGCUCCGUCAAUUUCACAGAAAAACAAAUUCCUCUCCUUUACCCCAUUUUCUCAUUCUUGGGCGGGAGCUUUCUUCUUAUCAGUUGAACUAAUAAAAUGCUUCCUAACUUGCGACGAAUUUUCAUGCUCUUUCGAAGUGAGGAGGAAGAGCGGGCAUACUCAAGAAGAGCGUUCUACAACUUCAUUGGUUUCAUAUGCAGCGGUAUUGUUUUUAGCUGGAUGAUUCGCAAACAACGUCAAUUACCGGCUCCUUGAACAAAUUCUAUAUGAAUUCACAGCACACGAACAAUACACUACCCAGUCAAUAGCUCUACUGUAUGUUUGUAUGAGAGAAUAUAUAAAAUUAUUGAAGUGGAAC